CUUUGCAGAUAAAUAUUGCAGACUAGCCCCACGUUUUCUGAGACACUCCCCAGCUGCUCUGACAUAUUCUGAGCCUACAGCAGAGGAAUCUCCAGUCUCAGCACCAUGAACCAAAGUGCCAUUCUUAUUUUCUGCCUCAUCUUUCUGACUCUGAGUGGCACUCAAGGAAUGCCUCUCUCUAGAACUGUGCGCUGUACCUGCAUCAAAAUUAGUAAUCAACCUGUUAAUCCAAGGUCCUUAGAAAAACUUGAAAUUAUUCCUGCAAGUCAAUCUUGUCCAAGUGUUGAGAUCAUUGCCACAAUGAAAAAGAAGGGGGAGAAGAGAUGUCUGAAUCCGGAAUCUAAGGCCAUCAAGAAUUUACUGAAAGCAGUUAGCAAGGAAAGGUCUAAAAGAUCCCCAAAAACCAGAGAGAAGAAAAAUCACUGAAGUGCUGAUAAGGACGGGCCAACAGAGAAGCUGCUUCUCCCACCACUUUCCUACACAGAGACACCUCCAGCCCUAAUUGUCCCUAGUUUGCAGUUCCCCUAAAAGACGACCAACAGUCACCAUAUUAGCUGCUACUCCUCCUGAAGGAAAGUAGAUGAUUCAUCAGCCCUGGAACUGUACUAUAAGCUAAGCUGAGGUGCUACACAGAGAAUGUACCGAGUUCUACCCCUGCUACUGACACUUUCCUCACCUUUCCUAUCUCCCAAAGGUUUUUAAGGGAUCUUUCUGCUUCUAGGUUUAUCAGAGUUCUUAGAUUCUCAAACAACUAAAAGGUAUGCAACCAAAGUGAUAAUACAGCCUCCUUUUUUAAGAACAGUCUUUACUCCACGGAUUUCCAUUAUCCUAUCAUUCUCCCAAGGGGCCCAUAUUCUUUCAGUGGUUACAGUAAUACGCAUAAUUCCAAAUACAUAUAGGAAGCUAGAAAUGUCUGGAAAUGUAUGUGUAAAUAUUAUUAUUUAAUGAAAGACUGUACAAAGUAGAAUUCUUAGAUGUACAUAUUUCAUAUAUUGUUUUUAGUGUACAUAAAGUAAUUUGUGAUUUAAGUACUACAUAUCAAUGAGUAAUGUGAAAAAUUUUUAAUCUAGAUACAUGCUCUGUGUGUUAUAUAAGACAAAUGUGCCGGAUGGUUGUCAAAAUAAAAAUGAUGUGUUUUCCUGAAAAUAUUAGGAGAGAUUAAAUGUUGAGA